UUGCGUCGCGACUUUCGAAGCUUCAGGUCUUCUGCUUGAAGGAGGCAAUCGGAUUAAAAAGGAUUUGGCUGGGGCAAACAUACGAAGGCCCAGAGAUGCACGUACCUCGGGUGAAACUCUUGAUGGGCUCGGCGACCAUGUUCGUUUUUGCCAUCAUCUAUGGCUGGGUCAUCUUCCCAAAAAUACUCAAGCUAAUGAUUUCAAAGCAAGUCACUCUGAAGCCGGGCUCGGAUGUUCGAGAACUGUGGUCAAACACUCCAUUCCCACUGCACUUCUAUAUUUAUGUUUUCAACGUCACCAAUCCCGACGAGGUCUCCGAAGGAGCUAAGCCACAAUUGCAGGAAGUGGGUCCUUUUGUGUUCGAUGAGUGGAAAGACAAGUAUGAUUUGGAGGAUGAUGUCGUAGAGGACACGGUCAGCUUCAACAUGCGUAAUACUUUCAUAUUUAACCAAAAAGAUUCGCUUCCACUGACGGGAGAGGAGGAGAUCAUCCUUCCGCAUCCCAUAAUGCAGCCUGGCGGAAUCUCGGUUCAAAGGGAGAAGGCUGCCAUGAUGGAGCUGGUUUCCAAAGGAUUAAGCUUAGUGUUUCCAGGUGCCAAGGCCUUUUUAAAGGCCAAGUUUAUGGACCUGUUUUUCCGGGGAAUUAACGUUGACUGUUCCUCGGAAGAGUUCGCUGCAAAAGCUCUCUGCACGGUCUUUUACACGGGAGAAGUUAAACAGGCCAAGCAAGUGAAUCAGACGCACUUUCUGUUCUCCUUUAUGGGACAGGCCAAUCACUCGGAUGCUGGUCGUUUUACUGUUUGUCGUGGAGUGAAGAAUAACAAAAAGCUGGGCAAGGUCGUGAAAUUCGACGACGAACCGGAGCAAUCCAUUUGGCCGGAUGGCGAGUGCAACACAUAUGUGGGCACUGACUCCACAGUUUUUGCACCGGGCCUGAAAAAGGAGGAUGGUCUGUGGGCCUUUACCCCGGACUUGUGUCGCUCUUUGGGAGCUUAUUACCAGCGAAAGUCUUCGUAUCAUGGAAUGCCAUCGAUGAGAUAUACCCUGGACCUGGGAGAUGUACGUGCUGACGAAAAUCUGCACUGCUUUUGCGAAGAUCCCGAGGAUUUGGACACGUGUCCGCCCAAGGGAACCAUGAAUCUGGCUGCCUGUGUUGGAGGUCCAUUGAUGGCCUCCAUGCCCCACUUUUAUCUUGCAGAUCCCAAGCUGCUGGCUGAUGUGGAUGGCCUUAAUCCCAACGAAAAGGAUCACGCGGUCUACAUAGACUUUGAACUUAUGUCCGGAACACCCUUUCAGGCUGCUAAGCGACUGCAGUUUAACCUGGACAUGGAGCCAGUGGAGGGCAUUGAGCCCAUGAAGAAUUUGCCCAAGUUGAUAUUGCCCAUGUUUUGGGUGGAAGAGGGUGUUCAACUCAACAAGACCUACACCAAUUUGGUCAAAUACACCCUGUUUUUGGGCCUAAAAAUCAACUCUGUUCUGCGCUGGUCCCUCAUCACAUUCUCCCUGGUUGGCCUGAUGUUUUCCGCCUAUCUUUUCUACCACAAAUCGGACAGUCUGGACAUUACAAGUAUCAUGAAAGAGAACAACAAGGUGGAGGCUGUGAGCAAUACAAAGGAUCCCGAUCCCGAUCCCAUGCCCCCAACUAAGUCAAGGCAUCCGACCAACAAUUUGCAACCAAUUCAAGGGGUCAAUACGCAAAUUCCAGGCACCAAUCCCCCCGAUCUCAACAAUCUCAAAGUGCUGCAACGAGAUCGUUUCUAAUCCCUGAUAAGCGAUCUCUUCACCAUAGUCGUAGUCUUUGCACCUGUAGUCCAACAAGAGCUAAUAAAUUGUGACAGAUAAAAA